AUGGCGAACCAGGAUCUGGCUACGAAGUGGACCAAGAGCACGCUGUUACGUGCGCCCUACUGCGAAGACCGCAUUCGGCGAAUCGCAAUGAGUUUCGGCCUCUCACCAUCGGCCGCGGCCAAAAUUCAUUACAUCACAGACUUGCCUUCACCCUUGCUCGUGAAGGUUGUGAAAUACAUGAUGACUACUGAGUGCACGAGUCUAAUUCGGGUGGAAAGUGACAUGCAAAUCUUGAUGUUCCCGGCUCUGAAGCUCUACAUGGCCCUUGGUCCCAAGGUCAUCGACUUGACUGCCUUUUUGUCUUUCUGUCCGAUUCGACUGAAAUAUCAAUAUCUAAAAUCGGCAGUGAUUAGGAUUUCGCAGUUCACUCCCGACAUCGAAGAGCUUUUGCUGUCGAGUAAAACUCCUCGAAACUACAGAAAAUUCGAUUCGGUCGUGGAUGCUGCGAUGUUGAAGGCGCUGUACCGGCUGAAAAAUCUGCGGGUCCUUCAGCUGGAUGAAUGGUGCUGCUUCGAACUCAAAGACGUCUUCCAGCUGUGCGAAAAUCUCCCAGGGUUGCAAAUCCUAAGCAUCAACUUCCCAGACAGCUUUCAUAAUUUCGACGAAUAUGAUGAUGAUCCCGACAAAUUUGAAGCAGAUUUAAAACGAUGCAUGUCGAAUUUGAAAGAAUUUAUCUACACAGCAAGAAUGAAUAAUUGCACUCUUAGAUGGUGGUGCAGGAAGAAUCUUCCGAAUCUGCAAGUUUUACAGGGGUAUUCUCAUCUCUUCCGCCCAAACGAAGACUACGACCCGUCAACUCCAAAUGAAGUAGUUCCUGGAUACACGAAUCGGCGACACUUAAUGAUUGAUCUUAAUUUGGAUAGUGUACGAAAUAUACACUUAAAACAUCCUCACGUCAAGCACAUUACGGUAAGAGAAUGA